CGCUAUCUGAACUGGACGACGGUCAGGUCGAGAGGUGACGGACCACGAUUCGAGAUUCGACACGUCGCUCUUCGCGAUACGUCGCCUCUCCUCCUCUCCUUCUCUCCCGUCCGUCUUCCUCCACCACCCACGCAUCCGUCCAGCCAGUCGGGCCAUUUCACCCCCGUCUCAUCUCCUCACACAUCCGUCCGUUCCUCCGCUUCGCAGGUCCGUCGUCGUCUCGCUGCGCCCCUAGCCGAAGGCAGGAACUUGGCUGGCCAGCUAUGGCGUCCAUCACUGCAACUGCCGCGGCGGCUAGAGCGUCGUGCUACGCGGCGCCUGCGCAGGGCCUGCAAGCCAGCCAGUCCUCCUCCACUCUCACGCCCAAGACGGUCCUCACCCCCACCACCAAGCCUCGUGUCGUUGCCGCAGCAGGGUCCCCUCUCGGCGCCUUCCGCAGCGAGCUCCAUCUCUCCAGCUCCAAUGUCCGCGCCAGCGAGUUCCUUCGCAGCGAGCCUCGCCUCUUCUCCCCCAAGGGCAGAUCCCCUUCCUCCUCCCCCUCCUCCUCCUCCUCCUCCUCCUCUCGCAAAUCUCCCCGCAUCUCCGUCCUCAUCAUUUGCAAAGCUGCCAACGAUAAAACCGUCGUCAUUGGCCUCGCUGCGGACUCCGGCUGCGGUAAGAGUACGUUCAUGAGGCGCCUCACCAGCGUCUUUGGAGGUGCUGCCUCCCCUCCCAAGGGCGGCAACCCCGAUUCCAACACGCUCAUCAGCGACACCACGACCGUCAUCUGCCUGGACGACUACCAUUCGCUGGACCGGACGGGUCGCAAGGUGCACGGAGUCACGGCGUUGGAUCCCCGUGCCAACAACUUCGACCUGAUGUACGAGCAGGUGAAGGCGCUGAAAGAAGGCAAGACGGUGGAAAAGCCGAUUUACAACCACGUGAGCGGGCUGCUGGACCCUGCGGAGACGAUCGCGGCGCCGAAAAUUUUGGUGAUAGAGGGGCUGCAUCCGAUGUACGACGAGAGGGUGCGGGAGCUGCUGGACUUCAGCGUGUACCUGGACAUCAGCGACGACGUGAAGUUUGCAUGGAAGAUUCAGAGGGACAUGGCCGAGAGAGGGCACAGCUUGGAGAGCAUCAAGGCGAGCAUUGCUGCAAGAAAGCCGGACUUCGACGCGUACAUUGAUACCCAGAAGCAGUACGCCGACGUGGUCAUACAGGUGCUGCCAACGCAGUUGAUUCCCGACGACAAUGAGGGGAAAAUACUAAGGGUGAGGAUGAUCAUGAAGGAGGGGCUGGAGAACUUCGUGCCGGCGUACCUGUUCGACGAAGGGUCAACGGUGUCGUGGGUGCCCUGCGGGAGGAAGCUCACCUGCUCCUACCCGGGCAUCAAGUUCUUCUACGGACCGGACACAUACUACGGACAGGAAGUGUCGGUGCUUGAGAUGGAUGGGCAGUUCGACAAGCUGGAGGAGUUGAUCUACGUGGAAAGCCAUUUAAGUAACACGUCAACGAAAUUCUACGGGGAGAUAACGCAGCAAAUGCUGCGGCAUGCGGAUUUCCCAGGAAGCAACAAUGGCACGGGCCUUUUCCAGACGAUAGUGGGGUUGAAGAUCCGGGAGGUAUAUGAGAGAAUUGUCGCCAAGGAGGUGGUGCCUGUCUAGCAAGUACGUACGUAAAUGCAGACCGUGAUGUCAGUCCAGUCAGUUGAAGUAAGUUAAGUGGAGUAAGUUAAGUAAGUUGAGUGAAUAGAGGCCAAGUUUGAGUGGGCAAGCUGCUGCGGUACUCCCUUAGGUAGACUUCACUUGAGAGAGAGAGAGAGAGAGAGAGAGGAGGAGGAGGAGGAGGACAAACAAGUGAGGUGCUCAAAACAAGUAAAAACGAAGAGACAAACUGAGAAAUUUAGACUUCAUGACAAGUGGAAGAGAGUUCCAAGGGGUAUUAUUACUUUAUUUAUUUACUUGCUUGCUUUCAAAUUGCUCGGCUUGCUUUACGUCGCUUGCCUGCGAGGUGUGUUUGCGUGGCUCACUUCCGUGGCUUCCUUUGCUUGGCUCGGCUGCCUCGGCUGGCUGGCUGGCUGGCUGGCUGGCUGACUGGCUGGCCGGCUGGUUUGGAUUUGAAAACCCCCGUUUCCACAGCAUAGGGAGGAGUCUGUGUGAGUCCCGUAGGGGGUUUCCUCAGCUCUCCUGAAGAGGGUCGGACUGCUCAGCGGGUGUCUGACCCACUCGAAGGAAGGUCCCCAAGGGUUCCCCCUCCAUUCAUUCAGAACAGCAGCAACAGCAGCAACAGCAGCAACAGCAGCACCACCAGCACCAGCAGGAGUAGGAGUAGGAGGAGGAGGAGAAGGGCAGAGGAGGCAGCUCGUUUUGAAAAAAGUGGAAACUCUGAGGCUGCUCUCCGUGUGUGCGUGUGUGUGUGUGUGUGUGUGUGUGUGUGUGUGUGUCUCUGUGUGUGUGUGUGUGUGUGUGUGUGUGUGUGUGUGUGUGUG